AUGAAGGCCUUGAAGCAGCGACUGCGGUGGUGGCCAAUAGGCUCCCGGUCUCUGCAGUCAGGAGAGAGGUGUAUUCCUGUAUUCCUUGAUGAGGACAUCGUUCAUCAAUACUACAAUGGCUAUUGCAACAACAUCUUGUGGCCUCUUUUUCAUUACCUUGGACUUCCACAAGAAGACCGCCUGGCCACCAUCUGGAGUUUCCAGUCUCAGUUUGCUGCAUAUAUAAAGGCUAAUCAAAUGUUUGCUGAGGUUGUAAACAAACACUAUAAGGAUGGAGAUGUUGUGUGGUGCCAUGACUACCGUCUCAUGUUUCUUCCAAAGUGCCUAAAGGACCGCAACAGUGGAAUGAAAGUCAGUUGGUUUCUCCGCACACCCUUCCCUUCUUCUGAAAUCUGCAGGACACUUCCAUCUCGAUCAGAUCUGCUGCAUGCAGUUCUGGCUGCUGAUUUGGUUGGUUUUCACACGUAUGACUAUGCAAGGCAUUUUGUCAGUGCUUGUACUCGUAUUCUCGGACUUGAGGGGACACCUGAAGGAGUUGAGGACGUCAAAAAAUUAAUUUGUAAUAAUAGGGUCAUUAUCGCUGACUUUUAG